UGUCGCGCGGCAAGGGAAAGAAAGAGAGAGAAAGAGGACGAGCGCAGAGACGGACGGACGGACGGACGGACGGAUGAACAGACAGACAGACAGACGCGGCGCGCACGGGGAGCAGCGCACAUCGCACUCGCGCAAGGCGAUCGGAGGCUUCUCGUACGUAGAGGUGAGCCCAUCAACGCACUCCUCGUUGGUUCUCGUUCGCCGCCAGUCAACAGAGCAGUCAAGAACAGGGACGGUCCGUCCGGUGGCUGUCCGGCGCACGGUGUCUCCCGUAUGGCCAUGCGUUUACCUGCGGUCGACCUGGUCACAGUAGGAGCACCCAUCGUCGAACGAGUCGUCCUCGUCGCCGUCGCGCGAGCACCACUCCGAGCGCAGCGACGCGCGACCGAGUUGCUCGGAGGUUGUCGACGCGACAACCAGCUCGCACGAUUAUCGCCUUGGAACGAUCAGAGCUACGAUCAUCGGUGGUCGUGGUCGGUGGGAGGCGUUCGUCGAACGAGCGCGCCGAUAGCUUCGCGAUCGCGUUGCUGCGAGGAGAGACUGUCGUCGCGCCGGAGCUGAUGAAAGAUACCGCGCGUCGCUCCUGACGCGUCGACCGACGACGUCGCUUCAUUUUUCCACCUGUCGCGUCGUGGCGAUAGGCCGCGGAGGCCGUAUCGUCACCAAACUGCGCCGUGCCGGCGAGUCGUCCACUCGGAGCGACUUUCACCCUACCGACGUUCGCCGGCGUCUGCAACCACGCGGGACUCCGCACCCUGAGAGAAGUCGCCGCAGCGCACGGGCACGCAGCAGCGGGAGGACCGGGCGGUGCGCGUGGCCUGCUAAGACCCAAGCCUAUCGCCGCGCGGCUCAGCCAGAAGCGAGUCAGUGCUACUCCCGAUUUCCGCGCGAGCACCGCUCUACGGACGGGGACGUUGCACGCGCGCAUCGGCUCUCUUUCUCUCUCCCCCUUGCUCCGCACUCGAUUCGCAUCACGUGGAAUUUGCGUUCCCCAGUCUGCGCCGGUGACCUGUCACUCGGACGGAACGCGACAAUCCGCGCUACUGAUCUUCCAACGGGUGCCGGAGCUUGUGAAAGUGCGGCGACCGAGAGUGGCCGGUGGCAGGGAUAAUCGAAGGGAUGAUAUCCCGGGGGUCUAGUGGAGAGAUCUCGUGACCGCGAAUCCGCAGUGGCGUACUCGUUUCAUGAAGUCUGACGACGGUGGGUUCGUGAUCAUCCGCGGAGAAGACUCUUCGUCGCGGUUUCUCGGCGAUUGUCUGCGAUACGCGAUCCAUCGUGAUUGCCGUGUUCCGUACGCCGCGAUCACUGAGAAACGCGGUAUCAGCGCGACGUCCCGAUUGCAAGGAGGACUCGAUACCCCAAAGUGGGUCUACCGCGCUCUGCAACGCACCGAGGAGACACCUCUGGCGCGGCCACUCUUUGGCAUGGUUACGUAAACGCGCGGACCGAUCGGCCGUUGCGUUGCCGAUAGACCGACCAGAAGUGUGCUUUCUCGGGAGAGGAAGUGGACAGAACGUCGCGCGGCGCCAGCCGUGACUCUGCCCCCGUGGACGGAAAAGUAAACAAAAUAGACAGAGUGAACGCCGCUGGACACGCACCUAUUAUCGGCAAUUUCGUCGGGUGUGUCGCGUGAUCGAACUGAUUCUGCUAUCUCGGGACGGCAAACUGUCUCUUUGGACGAAAUCGCCUUGUGCUCACGAGGUGCACUUCUCCGGCGAGUUCCCCGUCUCAUUUCGACAGGAGGACACUCCGCGUAGACUCGGCGAAAGAGCACGGGUGAAAGAUUCUCGACAACCUUGGACUCAGGAAAAAACAACUAAAUAAAGAAGAACGUACAACGAAGCGUCAACGGCCGAUUUGACGUGAUACUGGUGGUGACAACGGCGACAUUUGACGCGCGUUAUCCAUCAUCUCCGGGCGCCGUGUGCCAGCGCGACACGCCAGGCGUCGUCGCGCGAUUGUUAUUAUCGCCGGAGGCAUCCGAGAGAUAACGCGAGAGCGGCGUGAUCAUCACGAUUCGUCAUCAUUCUCGACGAGUAAAUUGCGGGAGGACAGCAACACGGGGCCGGGUCGCCUCAUCCUCCGCUUGGCGUAGGGCCGGAGGGCACGCGAUCGGAAGGAAGUAACGUAUACUCCUCUACUCUCGAUCGGCCUGCCGGGACCGCGUCGUAUAUCUCGGCGGUAAUGCGCGCAAAUUGCGCGUCUCGCGCCCCUUUCUCUCAGCACGAAGACGCUGCGACUAGAGGGAAGAAGCGCGUUUCAACUCGAGGAUAAUUCGCCCGUGUUGCGCUUCUUUUGCACACCUAUCCACCUACCCAGCUACGAUCUCGCGCCGUCCUCUCGUUACUGGGUUGAGAAACGAGCGCUUCGUGACUUGGAACGCGGGAUCUCCUCCGCGUUCUCUAGCCGCGGGCUGCAGCCUGUCAACUUCGAGAAGCGGAGUCAACCUGGGAUUCCUCGCAGGAGUCACGUGUUGCAUUCGACACUCUCACGUGUCGCGAGUGUGCCGUGCAGCGAGGGAGACCUCCAUUGCAAGAUCCUCGUCUUUGAGAUUCGCCCGUUCGAGCACUUUCGUGACUCCUGCUCCACGGCGGGCAGUUUGCAAUUUUCUUGGAAAGUCAGGGGAACGCCAUCGAUAAUUGCGCGCGGACAACGUGGAGGAGCGUCGACGCGCGAGCAUUUCGCGGAGCUUGACUUAGCGCGCGUCGGCUCGGUUAGGAGUCGGAGGUUCGCGCGCGAUUCUUCUCGCCGCGGCGAGAAUUCGGCGAAGGUGUCGCGGUGUUCGAGACGAGUGGAUUGUGUUCGAUUACCAUUCUUCCGACGCCGCGUGUGGUAGGAAGAAGAAAAGCCGAUGACAUUUCUCGGCGGAGACAUGAAACGUCCCGUACCGUUAUCACCGGUUGUGCAUAGUCGAGGGAAUCCAUUUGCUUAGAUCGCGAAAGCGCGCACACGGCGACAAUAAUCUCUCGGGGAGUGCUCGUUGACUAAUUUGCACGACAGCUCGUUCAUUUCCGCUGCGUGCGGCUCGCUCGCGGAACAUUCUCGGACUCUUAUGCUUGGACGCUACACGUGGACUCGCACUGGACAUUGAAAGAACUAAAAGUUCGCGGCUGUGAACAAUCGAGUUGAGUCCAAUUGAGUCAAGAAUUCACGCGACUGACAGAUUAACAUCUACUGCCACGAUUGAUGCCGCACACAAGUCCGCAAUUAGCUUCAUCCUGAUCGGCGCGGUAGCCAUGUCAUCGCCGGUUCGGCACGGCGGAUCACGAGAAAUCGGCGUGGAGCCGGGAGAGAAGAGUCAUCAUCAUCGGCCCGGUGCACUUAAGGUCGAGUGACGUCGACAGCCGAGAAAAUCGGUAGCUGAAGGAUCGAUAUAAGCGGAUCGAUCCACCACAUCGCAAUCGACGGCCUCCUUGCUGGCCUGGCCAGCUACUAUGCGAAUUGAAGCUCUCAGCACCCUCGUCGCGGUGGUUUGGCUGACCGCAGUCCUGUGCCCGCGGCUUGCUGCCGCCAACAAUCUGACUUAUUCCUUCUCCUCUCGAAAGAACAAGGACCAUCUUUAUAGAGAACAUGUCCCUCACUUUACACUAGAAGGGAUGCUGAACAAGCGGAUGACACUUCGAGAGAUGGAGUAUCUUCUGCAUAAGGAAUUAAUAGGCACCGAUGGCAACGCGGUCGAGUGCUGUCCCGCGAUUGUGGAUAUGGUGGAACCGAUCGGCGGUCGAAAUCGACGAAACAUGUUCGUCCAGCUCUUUCGAAACGGCGACAUUACCCAGAGGUUCUUCGAGUACUCCUGUAGGACAGACGUCCUCGACCGGCCGUGCAAGUUCAUCGACUGGAGGUUAAGUAACCGGUCUAAAUGCGUGCAGAAGUUCGCGUACGUGUAUGCUAUCGUCAACACUACUAAAGUGCAGGACUACAAAGAAGGACAUCCCGAAACCAAGACCGAGUGGGCAUUGGACUACAUCCGGGUGCGAAGUGGCUGCAGUUGCGAAAUCAUGCCGAAGACGAAGAAGAAAAAAGCCGCAUUGAGCAAAGCGAGGAGAGCGAAGAGUAAACUACAUCAAUUGAGAGACCUAGAGUUCGACUACGAGAUAUGAAUGUAUCGAUUCGCAUUCUCAAAUGACAGUAUAUGUUGCGUGUGAGUGUGUCGCGAUUGACCAAUAGUAUGAAAGGGAAUACGAAAUUACGUACGAGGCAGACGUGUGCGCGGAGAGUAUCUCAUAAAGUCGUUGGAUCGCAGAACGCAAGGGAACGUUACCAACGAUCGUAUCAUCGAUUUUCUGAUGACAAUUACCUAAUUAAUUUAUUAGAUAUUAUCGAGGACGUGGCGUGUCGUUUUGUAAAUGAUGCGCUCGCUGUCAAUUAAUCGUAUCGUACACAGAAAAUAAGAUUGGUUGAAUUAAUCUGAAUUUAGGAUAUAUUAACCAGACUUGGUGAAAAAUCAACGAACCAUACAUAAUUUUGAUUAAGAUAACGAAACAAAUUUGGUUAAAUGCGUUCUAAUUAAAAUAACUAUAAAAAUGUGGUGUUACAAUAAUAAAGUCACAUAUAUAUUCAUAUUUCUUACUAGAAAUUUUAUUACAUUUUUUAAUUGCGAAAGUUGUUUCUUUAGGUGUUAAUAUAUGAUUAUUUUACUUGUGAAAAUUAGCUAUUUAAAAAUUAAUUAAAUGUUAUAUUGUAUUUAAAGAAUUCGUCUUUAUUUUGGUGAAACCCGAAACUUUCGGAUUGUAAGUCGUUUGUCUACGUGCUACAUCACUUUUCUAAUUGAUAGAUUUGUUAUAUGUUGUCUAUCUAUGUUACAACUAGCGUUAAAUACCAGAGUAUCUCAUUAUAAUAAAUGAAAAUCUGUUUAUCUUCACCAAAACUUACUUAAUUAAACAUGUCAUGUUGAUUCAACCAGGUUCUUUUUUUCCGUGCACUCUUGGGUGUUCUGUUUACAAUUAUCUGUUAUUAUAUAGUACAUGUGUCUUAAGUAUUUCUUCAUCUUUAUUUAUUACAAAUUACUUCGAUAAGACAAAUUUACACGAGCUAAAAGUAGAUGUAACUCCACAUUACUGCACUACUCGCCGAUUGUGAAGUCAUGUUCUUACAGUGGCGAAGUAAUGAUCGUUAACAAACGUAAAUUUUGGAUGUUUCUCACAACGAACACAGUGGUCGACUAAUGUCGCCACUUAAGAGCAAUGUAUCGAAAUAAUAUUGCGAUAGUUUCCUUUAAUAAUUCAUUUAAUAAUUAAUUUUUAACGAGAUACACAGGGUAUGAGUAUCUUGCGUGUCACUUAACGCUUUAGCUUAGAAGAUUUACAACCCUUAAUCUAAUCUAUUCUUCAUUUUACAUGCGGCCAGUUUUCUAUUCUGUACUUUUACUUGUAUAUUAUAAAUUUGUGCGUGUAUUCGAUAAGCUUAUGCAAUAGUCUUAAUAGAAUAUAAGGGAGACCGGGAUUAGACGCCUCAUAUUUCAUUAUUUCGAAGUUACAACUUCUCAGGUAAAUAGUUGUGACUGACUAUAUAAACACGAUAGAAGCAGCCUUCUUUUAUAUGUUAAUAACCGUAUAUAGUAACCGUAUAUUUUGUGUGUUUCAUAAUAACUAAAAUACAAACAUGCGUUACUAUCUUAUCCUGGGUUAUACCGCGUCUUAUACCGGGUUUAAUUGUCCAGUAGCGCAUGAAAUAUAUAUAUAAAAAAAAAGGCUACAUAUAAAAUAUAUAUAUAUAUAUAUAUAUAUAUAUAUAUAUAUAUAUCCUGAUUAACAGUUCCAGAUUUUUCGCGAAGGAUCUCCACAGCCUUCCUAUCGACCCUUAAUUAUAGACUUUUACUCAUCCAUCAACUCGUUCGCCCAUAUGUUCAAUUUCGAUUAUUUUAUGAAUAAAAAUUGCUUUUAUUAUCCGAAACAAUAUAUCAUACACUUGCAAGAAACUUUAUUCUAACUAGUAACGCGUCACUUAAUUUUAUUCACUCACGAUAGAGAAUAUUAAUACACAAUUUCGAGAGGCUCAAAAAUUUAUUUUACUGCUUCUAAAUUAGUUUUUCUAUCUUUUAACUGUAAUAUUAUUCCGAUUUUAAUAAAACUCGAUAUCGGAACUCGGAAAAAAAGUAUCAUGUUAAAAGUAAAAGGAUCAUUUCGUGAUUUUGUAUAUAUCCACUGUUUCUCUCAAAAUAAAUGUUAAAAAGAGCAUAUCAGUAACAUAUCCCCGAGACCAUUUAGACCCGGUCUACCCUAAUAUCUAGCAAUUAAUUAGAGUUUAAUUUACUGUGUCUAAACAUAGAUCUGCAAAGUACGUCGUUGCGUCAAUAAUGAAGAUAUAUACGAACUGUAGUCCUACUAAAAUUUAUCAAAGAAAUCGUGGCGAGGUAUAUUUAACUAAUAAUGACUAUAUUGGCACAGGAGGCAUUGAUUGGAAUAAGUACAACGUGCGGACUAACGUUGGAUACGCCAAUAGCCAUGACAAUUAUUAACAAAUCUGAUUAUAUCGUAAGGGACGCGGAAGAAGAUAUUUAUAAUUACGUAAAGAAAAAACCGUUAAGAUUAAUACUGCAAUUCUAAACAAAAUUGUAAAACUCGUAACUUGUUUUCGUAAGACUCGUAAGAACUUAUGAGUAGGUCUGCAAUUUUAUGCGGAUCGUAUAUCAUAUGGUAACUCGUAAAUAUCUAUGAUUUUUUUUUUCGUAAGUUACGACUUUACGAUUUUACGAUUUACUCGUAUAUUUGCUUAGAAUUGCAGCAUAAGUUCUUAUCUUGCAGUUUUUCACUGCACAUCGAUGCAAGAAUGCACGUAAGAUAUAAGUAAAAUAAGUCUAGCCUAACGAGCGCGAACUGUUUUUCUCUUCUUUACUAGUAAAUAGUAAUAUCUUGCGCAGCGACAUUGGUGCCUUCGACUACUCUCCGUACAUCAAUGAAACGUGCUGACGUACAUUCGCGAAGGUUUGUAACUUUUACUCUACAUAUACUGGCAAAAAAUAACUACGUUGUAUCGCAUUAAUCCCGAAAGAUCUUCAAUACACAGGCGUGUACAUAUUACUGCGAAAAAUAUGCAAGCCGCUGUUUAUGUAUUGCGAUGUUCCGUAAUAUCACUCAAUAAUUUUAACACAAAUAAUGAUGUAAUAAGUAUGUUAAUAUAGUUGAAAUAGCUCCCCUCCCAUCCCUAUUCUCCCCAAUCACUUCCUACAUACAAUAUUUCGCCGUUAUUGCUAUAUUCAUAGUUUACAUGAAUUCGGGCUGAUUAAAUAUUUGUUGUAUUUAUACAUAAUACCCCGUAAAUGUGCACACAUGUUUCCUGUAUCAUGUAAACAUUGUACAUAAACAUCAUUAAUACACUUGUUAUAAAACCUUA